AUGUUUUCUUAUAUUACACAUACACCACUACAACCAUUUGUGCCACCUGUCUCGCCAUCGUCAACAUCGGCACAAUUAUCAUCACCAUCGUUUUAUUCAACACCUCCAUCACAGACAUUGCCGAAUCAGCAAAGAGAUCAACUUUAUUCUCAAAAGUCAUAUGCUUCACCAUUAUAUCCAAGUCUUCAGACGAUUCAUCAUUUAACUUGUCUGUAG